CCUGUCAGCGGAAGCGCAGCACAAUUUGCAGGCGCAGACGGGAUAUACACAAAGUCUCUUGAGCGCCGGGGACAAAACUCGCACAGGCGAUAGUAACCGAGGGUUACGACGCGAAGCAUACCCUCGGCUCGCAAGGUCGGUCCCAUGGCCCCGGACAUGUUAGCAAUACCCCUAGUGUGGCACUUCGCGUUACGUGUACGCCACUCUAACAUUCAACAGGACCUACCUACACCGCGACUUCACAUCGUAUGAGAUAAGGCAAACCAUUUCAGACUCGGCGCAACUGCAGCAGAAGCCCAGCGCCCUUGUGUGUAUAUCAUAACACGCCCAUGCACGUACUAGCGCUGCCACUUUGACGAUUUUCCCUGCGACUGACUGGUUUCAACUGCUGGGGUCUCGGCGCCACGACGCGAGCCUUGCCCAACGCUUGAAUUGCUAGACGGCCUGCAGGUCGCCCUGGAUCCGUAAAGGAUGAUGGACAUGGAUACUUACCCAACUGAGAAUAUGUACGCGCCGCUCGGCGACGUCCCAGCUUUCGGGAUGUCGGGCGCGCACGCUUCGACCGUGCGGGUGCCAUUCCGGCGCCAACACGCGUCGGCGCUGCGCCUUAAGCUGAGCGUAACAAGAAGGCUGGCAUAUGAGAGCCACCGCGUAACACACAUGGACACCGCAACGUGUAACCGGUAUGCGGACGACAUCUCCGACAGCUCCGAGCCCGGCUGCGAAACUGCGAACGUUUCAGCCGGGGCAGCUGUACCCCACGCAGGCGGGUGCUGGCGCACGGACACGGCUGCGACUGCGACUGCGACUGCGACUGCGACUGCGACUGCUCAUAUGAAGCGCAGCACCAGCCGGCCAGCGCUGGCCCAUAGCGGCCUCGCGGCGGCUGGCGCGGGUACGGCGCCGCGCGACAGCGAUGGCGGAGGUGACGGCGGAGAGCAGCGUUCCCGCGAUGAAGGCAGAAGCCCCGCCACCCGCACUGCAGCAGCGGCCUCACCACCCGCGUUGCAAGCCGCCCUCCCUGUGGCUCCCCAGGCGCUAUUGGAAACAGCCGCAGACGCGCUAAUUCGUCUGUCGUCGUCUGUCGCUGCCGGCGCGACAAGCGACGGCAAAGGCGGCGCCGCCAACAGCAGCGGCAACAGCCAGCAGCAGCAGCAGCAGCAGCAGCAGCAGCGCCCACACAUGGUCGCGCUCUCAUUCUGCACCUGGGGCCGCCUGGAGCUGCAGGAAGGGGCACGUGGCGGUGCUGCCACUGCUGCGGCUGGGUCGCCUGACGUACGUGCGGUCCCCCUGGGAGUGGACGCCGCCCAAGUGCAGCAGCAACAGCAGCCGCAACUGCAGCGCCGCGUUAGCCGCGUCAACAGCAGCAGUGCAUCACUGCUUGGCAAGCGCCGUUGUUCCAUGGCGGAUAACAACAACAACAACGACAACAGCUGUAGCGAUGGGGAUGGAGAUGAAGGCGCCGCAUUGGGCGCACGUGCGGGUGGCGACGCCAGCGAUGCCCCGCUGACAGCCGCCACGACCCCGCCCGCCGCCCCGCCCCACUCGGCGCCGGCGGCGGUGCGGGCUGCCGUGGCGGCGGUCGCGGCUGCCAGGGCCCAUGGCGCAGCCAGCCGUGGCUACGUCAGCACCCCAUCACGCCGGCUGCCCCUUGCCGUCGCCACCGGCGCCGCCGCGACCAGCAGCCCGCGUGGCCACGACAGGGAUGCCGUGGCGGAGGACGUCGGGGAGGCGGACGCCGCUGCAGCCGCCGUGGGCAUGAGCGCAUACGGUGACUGCAGCGGCGGCGAUGAUUGCGGCGGCCCCGUGCGCUUUGCACGGCUGAACCGAAUGGUGUCCGCCGCUGGUGACCGCCAGGCAGCGGCGGCGGCGGCGGCGGCAGCCACGUCUAAGCUGCCGCUGCGUGCCCAGGACUUGUGCAGCGGCGCUGUUUGCGACGGCGUUGGCAACGCAGCCGGUGAUGACGAUGCAGAGGCGCAGAAGCAGCAUGCGCACAUGAUGUUGGUGGAGGAGAUGCUCGAGCGGGCGUCCAGCCUAUGCAGCGGCCGGCAUCACCACGGCGGCGGGCUCCAGUGGCGUAACGGCGGCCACGACCUCAGGUACCAGCAGCACCAGCACCAGCACCAGCAAGGUGGUGCGCUGCUGCAUGUGGGCGGCGGCGGCCCGCGCCACCUGAGCCAUCUGGGCCAGCCGGCUACUGCGGCGGCUGCAAGCGCUGCUGCGCUUGGCCACCGCGUGCACGCGAGCGGCGGGGCCCGUGCCACCGGCAGCCCUUCCGCGGCGGCGGCGGCGGCCGCGGCUGCAGUAGAAGCCACAGGUGGAGGGGUCAUGGUGGCGGCGAGCGCCAAGGGGCUGCAGGUGAUGAUGGGCAGCGGCGCUGCGGCCGCGGCCGUGGCCACUGCUGGAGCGGCGGCGGGCUGUGUGCUGGACCUGGGGGCGGUGAGCGUGUCCGCCGCUAACAAGUUCGAAGGGCGGCUCGCUGACCUGAUGCUCCGUGGCUGCGGCAGCAAUACUGAGAUUACCGCGGCGCGGCUGUCCCCGCAGAGCCGCCACCCGCAUCAGCACCCGCACGUGGAGCGCGUGGCCGGUGUGGCAUAUGAGGAGGGUGCGGCUGGUACCGCUGGGGCGUACACAAGACGCCUGUCUCUGCAGCCGUCGGCUGUUGCGACCAGUCCUGCUGCUGCCAACCAGGCCUCGGCGGCCCCGACGCCACCGGCCGUGCAGCUGGCGCCACUAGCAGACAACGGCCGCAGCACGGGAGAGUUGCUGGCGCAAGGGCGCGAGGUGGCCAGCCGGCUGAUGCGGGUGCAGCGCGCCAAGGAGAGCCUUCGGCGCAUGGAGGGCUCGCUGGUUGCGGAGGCCCGCAACCUGCGCCUGCUGCUGCACCAGCGCCGCCGCCAGCAGCUGGAGUUGCAGCUGCAGCGGCAGCAGCAGGCCGCCGCGGACGCCGCCGUCAGCUCUGCUGAUGCCACCUCGGCGGGAUGCGCGGCUAUCCAGCUGGUAAUCCUAGGCGCAGCCCAGGAGAAGGCCAAUGCAGUGCAGUCCAUGCCCAGCAGGGUUGUCACCGUGCCAGCUGCCAGCAGUGCGCAUGCCCGCGGCACUGCUGCUGUCAGCGUCGGCACCCCGCCUUCCUCCCCUCUGUCACGUGCGGCCGUCGCCGCCGCCACUGCGUCAGUGGCCGCGGCCGCGGUUGCAGGCGCCCAUGCCGCCGCCACCAAUGUUGGUCGCAAGAUCACUGACAGCACCAGCGCCUCUCGGCGCACAGGCUCUUCCCCGGUCGUGCUCCAGUUUAAGCUUGCGAAGGGAGGCGGCUGUCCUGGCGGCGGUGGUGCUUACAAAGAGCCGGCUGAUGUGGGACAGCAGCAGGCAGCAAGCAUCUCGGAGUUGAGCCAAGAGAAGGGCUCUGGUGGCGCCGCCGCAAUCCCGUCCGCGGCAUUGCUGAAGGCAGCUCUGGCCGUGGCGGGCAUCAAGUAAGCGCAUCCCCGCAUCAGCGGAGGCCGCGCCGGAGGCCCUGGGCGCCAACCGGGCGCCACCUCCCGGCAGUGCAACUGCGGCUCUCAGCGGUGCUGUGGUUGCUGGUGGAGGCGAAUCACCCGAUAGCAGUGGGGCGGGGCCAAAGCAUGGAACGCGGGCACGCGUGUCCUGAAGUUUGACGUAGCUAACGCCGAAUGUCCUGUGGAGCUUGAGUAGCUUUAAGCAUGUGGGCCUGAGCUCCCAGUAAGGCCUGUCGCAGUCGAUACGACCAAUUCAUUUAGUAACUUGCAUAGUAUACUUGCCGGCCCGGGCUUGUUCCUGGUAGGUGCCAGGGCUCGAGACUGGUGCCGUGGUAUCUGUGGACACGCCGUGCAUGCGGCGGCGUGUGUUUAGGGCGGGGAUGACAUGCUCGAGGCCAAUGCAUCGGCCCCAAAGCAAAUUCAGGCGGGGUAGUAGCUUCAGAAGCGAGAAGUGACAAGACAUGAUCAGGUAUGGGUGUGAUCCCCAAGGCCUCUCAAUAACUGCAUGUUCUGGGGCUGUGGUCGAAGGAAAGGCUGGGAGGAGUAGUAGUUAUCCGUAAUCCAAUUGAACCGGGUUUGGCACUUGGCAGAUGCUGGGGCAGGUAGGAGCAGAGGGAGAGAAGCUCCGCUGGCAGUUCAGUCGGACACGUCAGCCAGUUUUGUGCACCCAUUCUUUUCCUGUUGUUUGAGGGGUCUGCAAGAUGCGCUGCAAGACAACGAAUAGGCCCCUUCAUAUUGGCAGUGCGUGUGCCUCGUAUUAAACUAAAAGAAAGUUCGUUGUGGCAGGUAUGUGCGAGUACGUUAGACGGGACCAUUCUAUACGGCGGGACCCCCUACCCUGCCUUUUUGUCGUACUAUGUACGUGUUUUGAUGGAAGCCUGACACCUACUGUAGAACAAUGCAAGGCGCAUGGCCAAUGAGGUGGCUCUAGUUGUUCAAGUGGACCUGACACGACGCACGAUACCGUAGCGUAUGCGAGCUGCAUUACCUGAACGUGUUUCCCCCCUCACGAGGUGCGUGAGGAUGCUUGGGCUUCCAACAAGCCUGCUACUUAAAUGCAGGGCGCUGGGGCCAGCAGGCAGACACCAUCGUCCAGCAGUUCUGACGUCUGGCGGUGUUGCGAUGCAGGGUUUCUGUCAGAGUUGUCUUCGGCUGCAAAUCCGUAACUUCAUUGAUUAGGGUUGCCACUGGCUGCACACGGGCCACGACAGGCCACGAGAGGCCACGGGAGUGCUGAAUGACUCUUGCACCACAGGCUCCUGUCAGUCCUGUGAGCAGGAACAUACAAUGAACGAACAAUCUCAGUCGACGGGGCGCUUGGGAACUUGGGUAGUCGCGCUCGUGGGCUGUAACUAAUGGGUGUG